GUGGAUCUCAUUGUCUAAAUAACUUAAUAUUUCUGGAGUAAGACAAAAAAUAUAAGAAACUUAAAACAUUUCUAUUUCUAAUAUAUAAUAAGAUAAUAACCUAUUGAAUAGAACUCAUUAUAAGGGAUUAUUAUCUUUAUACUAUUUAUUAAAAUGGAUGUUAUCGAUCGAGGAAUAUGAAAAGAGUCUGAGUUUUGUAUCAUCCCUUCAUUUUUACAAAUUACAGUGGUUUGAUAGUGUGUUGAUAUAGUAAAAUUAGGAAGGGGGAGGGAAAGGACCAGAAAAAUCAAUCAGAGAUAUAAUAGCAAAUAAAGAAUGACAUUAAAAAAAUAAUGAUUAAUUUUAUAGUUAAUUAUGUAUUUUAGCAAUAAAGCUUGUUCUUUUAGUAAUGCAGAAACCAAUACUGAUUAGAAUAUGUAAUUUGAUUCAAAGUUACAUGUCGAAUAGAUGUCUAAGAUGAACAAUACUAAAAUUCGUUUGUAUUGUCAAUUGGCGGAAUACGAAGGGAAAUUGUAUUUAUCAUCUUAAUAGAGUAGACCUAACUUUAAUGAAUUAAUUUUUGAUCCUUCUAGUUUGGGUAGGUACAAGAAUUUCGUUGGAGCAUCUUCGAAGAUUGCUAACUAUAUUAAAAUGCUUGACCCUAAGAUUAGAAAGGAAUUUAUUGUUGAAUAAAAACAUGAUGACUAUUUGAAGCAAUCUAGCAGCACUAAAAAAGAGUGCGAAAGAAUUAAAGCGUUAAUUCGUUAACAUAAUGCGAUUUACACACUUAAUCUCAAAGGAGUAGCAGGAAUCGAAUAUUCUAAAUAGAUUACCUCUAAGAAAAGGAGUCCCUGCAAACUGACAUCUAUUUCUACUUCAAGGCAAUCGGAAUCUGCCCUUUAAGAACAUCCAAAGGAAGUGGAUUUAAAUAGAAUUCAUGCAACUUAGAGAGGAAGGAAAGUCAAAGUUAAGCCUUUAAAAUAUAAAUAAUAUUCAGAAUUGAUUUUUAAUGAUUCUCCAAGAAGUGUCCCAUUGUAACCGGUUCGAAGAUCUUAGUUACAUUAACUUAUUGUUAAUUGA